AGAAUAGUGUUGACUUGGAGAGCGGGGACGGAAAGAAGGGCAAGCAUGGAACAUCACCAACAUGUUGCUGCAGGUUUCUUUUAACCUAGGGCCGCCCCUGCUUCCUCCUCGCCCAUCACUAAAGGUGGCUUUAGGUUUUUGCCUCGCCAGCGUUUCCAAAACAGCACAGAAGGAAAGCAGGCGACGUUCUGGUCACCCAAACGGGCGGCCAGCUUUUUUUUUUUUGCCCACGGCACUUCCCCCACAUAAGAUGGCGGCGGCGACAACCUAACCCCUGCCAUUUUAACACCCCUUCCCUUCCCGCCCCGGGUCGAAAGCGUGGAAAUAAGAGCGGGACAAAUUGAAUAUGGAGGUAGUUUCCAAGCGGCUGGGAAAGGGAAAAGCAGGGACCGAAACACCGGCAGCGGAGUAAGGGGGCUCCAUACACCUUCCUCCUCAGCAGCUCUUCACAUCCGGGACAUUCAUCUCCCGUCUUUGCUUUUCUCCCCUCACCGGAAAUGACAAGAGAACCGCUGCCAAGUUUUCCCCCCACGCGGGAACAAGGAAUUAUAGCCCCGCCCCCUGCGUCCCCACCGGGGCGGUUGAGGUACCGCGCGUGCUGGAGUGGUGGCUGGGCUGAGAGGAACCACCGCUGUGGUCAACCGUCAUGCGGCUCAACGGUUACUCAGGAACAAACGCGCGAAGUCUUACACGCAGGCGCGCAGAUAUUCCAAAGAAUAGUUCUCUCCCUCUCCACCCCCACCCGGGAGUAGGGUGCGAGAGAGUCUGUAGGCUCGCUCGCUCGCUCGAUCUGUGUGUGUGUAUGUAUGUGUAUUGGGGAGCGGUUGUCAAUCAUUUUGGAAGCCCCGCCUCUUCCGGGCCUGUGAGGCUGGGCCGCCGCCUCCUCUCCACCUCCUCUCGCUUGCCUGUUCGCUCUCUCCCUUUUGUGAGUUAUAGCAACCGUUGCCUUGUGAAUCAAGCGCCAUAGUCACCGUAGUCCUGGCGACUGUUACCCAUCAACAACAACGGCUUCUCUCCUCCACCACCACCUCCUCCUCCUGCUGCUGCUCCUCCUCACCCCCAUCCUCACCAUCACCCACAACAACAACAACAACAGCCUCCACCAGCAAGAGCAACACCACGACCAUCACUACUACCACAGCCCUCCACAACCCAGGUUCAAAUAUCACUUCUGGGAUGGAUGGGAACAAGUAUACUACAAUGCAGACGUCAGAGACUGGGUCAGACACAGGUUCGACAGUGACUUUACAGACUUCUGUAGCUGGGCAGGCAGCUGUGCCCACCCAAGUGGUACAGCAGUUACCAGUGCAACAGCAGGUUCAACAAGUACAAACUGUGCAACAGGUACAGCAUGUAUACCCGGCCCAGGUGCAGUAUGUGGAGGGAAGUGAUACAGUCUACACAAAUGGAGCUAUACGAACAACGACGUAUCCUUACACAGAAACACAGAUGUACAGCCAAAACACUGGGGGGAAUUACUUUGAUACCCAAGGAGGUUCUGCACAGGUGACAACAGUGGUGUCAUCUCACAGUAUGGUGGGCACUGGAGGCAUUCAGAUGGGUGUCACUGGAGGACAGCUCAUCAGCAGCACUGGAGGUACCUACCUGAUUGGCAAUUCAAUGGAAAACUCUGGCCAUUCUGUGACUCAUACAACACGAGCCUCUCCAGCUACAAUUGAAAUGGCGAUUGAGACACUGCAAAAGUCUGAUGGUCUGUCCACUCACAGAAGCUCUCUUCUCAACAGCCAUCUCCAGUGGCUUUUAGACAACUAUGAAACAGCAGAAGGAGUGAGCCUCCCCAGAAGUACCCUCUACAACCAUUACCUGAGGCACUGUCAGGAGCAUAAAUUGGACCCAGUCAAUGCUGCCUCUUUUGGAAAACUAAUACGGUCAAUUUUCAUGGGCCUACGUACCAGAAGAUUGGGAACCAGGGGGAACUCUAAAUAUCAUUACUAUGGGAUUCGUGUCAAGCCGGACUCUCCUCUUAAUCGGCUGCAGGAGGACAUGCAAUAUAUGGCUAUGAGACAACAACCCAUGCAGCAGAAACAAAGGUACAAGCCUAUGCAGAAAGUGGAUGGAGUUGCAGACAGUUUCACAAGUGGUCAGCAGACAGGCACAUCUGUUGAACAAACUGUAAUUGCCCAAAGUCAGCAUCAUCAACAGUUUUUGGAUGCAUCUCGAGCACUUCCAGAGUUUGGAGAAGUUGAAAUCUCUUCCCUACCAGAUGGUACUACUUUUGAGGAUAUUAAGUCAUUGCAGAGUCUCUAUCGAGAGCACUGUGAGGCAAUAUUGGAUGUUGUAGUGAACCUUCAGUUUAGCCUAAUAGAAAAAUUGUGGCAGACCUUCUGGCGCUAUUCUCCCUCAACAACAACCGAUGGCACAACAAUCACUGAACCCAGCAAUCUGAGUGAAAUAGAAACUCGACUUCCGAAAGCAAAGCUGAUUACUCUGUGCAAAAAUGAGUCAAUUCUGAAAUGGAUGUGUAACUGUGACCAUGUGAUGUACCAAGCUUUGGUGGAGAUUCUCAUUCCUGACGUCCUUAGACCUAUUCCUAGUGCCUUGACCCAAGCCAUUCGUAAUUUUGCAAAAAGCCUUGAAGGUUGGCUUUCCAAUGCCAUGAACAAUAUUCCACAGAGAAUGAUUCAAACCAAGGUUGCCGCUGUAAGUGCCUUUGCUCAGACUCUGCGAAGAUACACAUCUCUUAAUCAUCUGGCGCAGGCAGCUCGUGCUGUACUGCAGAACACUUCUCAAAUCAACCAGAUGCUUAAUGACCUCAACCGUGUUGAUUUUGCCAAUGUCCAGGAGCAGGCUUCUUGGGUGUGCCAGUGUGAUGACAACAUGGUACAGAGGUUGGAAACAGAUUUCAAGAUGACUCUUCAGCAGCAGAGCACUCUGGAGCAGUGGGCUGCCUGGCUUGAUAAUGUAAUGAUGCAAGCACUGAAACCAUAUGAAGGAAGACCUAGUUUUCCUAAAGCAGCACGACAAUUUCUAUUAAAGUGGUCUUUCUACAGCUCAAUGGUUAUUCGAGAUUUAACCUUGCGCAGUGCUGCUAGCUUUGGUUCUUUUCAUCUGAUCCGUCUACUGUAUGAUGAAUACAUGUUUUACUUAGUUGAACAUCGUGUUGCUCAAGCCACAGGAGAGACACCUAUUGCAGUCAUGGGAGAGUUUGGAGAUUUAAAUGCAGUAUCUCCUGGAAAUAUGGACAAAGAUGAAGGAAGUGAAGUUGAAAGCGAGAUAGAUGAAGAGUUGGAUGAAUCUGGGGAGCCACAAGCAAAAAGAGAGAAGACUGAAAUUAGCCAGGCCUUUCAGGUGGGCUGCCUGCAGCCAGUACUUGAGAGCGGAGUACAGCAAAAUCUCCUGAACCCUCUUCACAAUGAGCAUAUUGUUACUGCUACUCAAACUAUCAGACAAUGCAGUGCUACUGGAAAUACAUACACUGCAGUCUAACAAAUAUUAAAGUCCUUUUUUUCCAGAUUAUAUUAGCCCUGUUGAUGUUGGGCUUAUCAUGGGGGAGGGAAGGGAUGCAAAAAAAGAAGUCUGAAAGUCGACCGUUGUCAAAUUUUAUCUGUGCUUGAACAUUACUUUUACUGGAGUUGUGAAAUGGAAUGAGUGUAUGUAUUUUGCCAGGUCUCUUUACAGAAAAAAAGGUAAAUACAAUCAUUUUACACUGGCCGCUAAAUAUAAAGAGUUUUCUUAGUUUCAAGAGUCAAGAAGCAUUUUUGCAAAGCUUAUUGUUACUGUUUUUGUCCUCUUUAUAAUUAAAAGUAAUUUAAUUUUUUUUCUUAGUUUUUACAAAAUAUUUUAAUGUUAACUGUUAGUCAUGGUGAUUUCGUAUAAAUAGGGUUUUUAAUUAAUUGCACUCUGAAAUAUCAAGAAUUUUCCUCUUUGAUUUACACUGGAGGCAUGCUUCUUUGACAGCAGCUGCCUUAACGUUGUUAUAGAAAGGCAGCUUUCAUUAGAGAGAACUGGAAGAUGCUAUUUUGAUACAUUUCAGAGUGUUCAGGGGAUAUAUUGGAAAAUUUAUAAUGCUAGAGAAUAUGGACUGGCGUCUUUCUCAGAGAAAGAGUGAUUCUCACAGUUGCAGAAUAAACAGAAGCUCUGAUAGAAGAUGGUAAUGUGUACUUCAUAAAUGUACAGAUGAUGCCAUUAUAGAGAAUGCAAGCUUCCUUUUAAAAAAUCAAUUGUAAUAUUUUUCUUACCAGCUCCUCUCUUUUAAGACUACUGAUUUCAGGUACAGUCUGCCUGAAAAAACUGAUUUUGUGCAACCUCCAUUUAUUUUAAUAGAGCUUGCACAUAAUUCAAUGAAAACUAUCUUUGAAAUCAAACAAAGAGUCAAACUAUAUUUAAAUGCGUGGAGGUUGUGUUACAAUAGUGCUUGGUAGAUUAUGCACCUCAUAUACAUAUAGGACCACUACCCAGAUGCUUUUUGUUCUUCAGUAGGACUGCAGAUGUUAGAAAACUGAAGUUUUAGAAAGCAUUAUGGAUUUCUUUUUGUAAGUGUAUGUGCUGCUUCUGAUGAACUGGACAUGCAGGAAGCCAUUCCUUUCAGAUGACUUUUUUUAUUCUACAUUCUUUUCCUCAUGAUAGUUCAAUCUGCUGCUCUCGUUAAAGAUAGUUUAUAGAAUGCAAGGAAUGUAGCAACCUGCAUGGUAAUUUUGCUCAAAAUAAUUCCUGGUUAUCAAGUGGAUUUCAUUUUUUUACAAAAAAAUGUUUAAAGACAGUAAAACUGGCACAUGUCACUUGUACUUAUUUCCCAAUUGCGUAGAAUUUGAAUAGGUGGCUAGAUGGACCAUUGCCAUUUAAGAAUGUACAUCAGGGAUCAUUGUACCUCGGCUAUUACAUGGUGCCUUAAAUAGAACUGAAGCUAAGAUUUUCUUGUUAAUAACUCGUACAUUAAUUCAACAAUGUGUGCCUGUCUCCUUUCUUUCUCUUUCCCCUCCCCCUUCAAAUUUCCUAAACAGUAAGGGCAGGUUACAUAGUCUUCAGAAAUCAAGAUUUUUUAAAAUUAGAUAUAAUAUCCCUCUUAGAGUGACAGCCUAUUUCUUUCUUAUUUAUAGCUGAAUUUCACUUUAUUACUAAUCAGAUUUUCUUGGGUGCGGGGAGUGGGUAAAAACAAAACUAGCUUUAACAAUGUCAAAGGUCAACAAAAUAGGUUAGCCAAUUCUCAAACAAGAAUUUAUAUAUAUAUUUCUAAACCCUUAUCUACUUUUAAUUUUAAAAACUAAAGCAGAUUUUUUUAAAAGCAGCUUAUAGUUUCAAUUGUGUAUAUGGUGGGGGGGUCAAUCUGCUCUUUUAUUUAAUGGUUAAAUCAUACUAUAUAUUGUUUCCCAUCAAACUGACUUUUUAUGAAUGCAAUGAAUUAAACAUUUUCCUUGGUUUUAAAAGAUAUCUGAAAUUUCCUUAGUUUCAUCGAAAUAGACCAAAAAUGAAGGAAAGCACAAAGAUCAUUUAAAGAUUUUAUAGCAAGACCUGGGAGAAGAGCAAUGGGUCUUGUUAUUUGUCUGAAAGACAUCAUUUAAGAUUACAGUCACCAAAUGCUUGAAUUCCCUGGGAAUUAUUCAUAUUUUUAUAUGAAUAAUAUAUAUACAGGUUUCAUCCUCAAUUAUUCAUCUUAA